UUGGAGCCACACAAAAUUAUUUCAGGACGUUUUUUUAAAAAAAAAAAAUGUAUUAAUUAUAUUAUUAAAUAAAUAAUAAUCCGCAGAAUUCUUUUAAAAAACAAACACACAAACAGACAUUGUUUUUGUUGUCUGAAACGUCCUGAAAUAUCGUUGCUUUCACCAUUUAAACCUUAAAACCUAAUAAAAAAUACCUAAUUAUUAUAAAUAAUAUUUAUUUUGUUUUCGUUUUUGUGAACCGCAGCUUUGUUUACCGCAUUCAAUCCGGAACCGAAGUUGGGUUGUCGCGGUUUCCUUUAAACGGGGACGGCUUAUCGCGCUGCACCCGGUUUCGCUCCACGCAGUUUGACUCGAAUCUCAAAAACAAAAAUGACUCGUCAUGGUAAGAACUGCACGGCGGGUGCGGUCUACACGUACCACGAGAAGAAAAAGGAUACGGCUGUCUCUGGUUAUGGCACUCAGAGUAUUCGGCUGGGUAAAGACGCGAUCAAGGAUUUCGAUUGCUGCUCCCUCUCCCUGCAGCCCUGCAAGGACCCUGUCGUGACUCCGGACGGGUUCUUGUUUGAGAGAGAAGCGAUUCUGGAAUACAUCCUGCAUCAAAAAAAUGAGAUCGCCAAAAAAACCAGGGCCUAUGAGAAGCAGCUGAAGGCGGAGGGGGAGGAGUUGAAAACUCUCUCCAGAGCCGCGAAGGAGUCUCGGGUUCAAAACUUCCUGAAGAAAGAGGGGAGCAUCGUCACCAAACCACUGAACCCCUUCAAGACAGGUGAGAGGAGAGGAGAGAGGGAGAGGACAGACUCCUCCUCCUCCUCUGGUCCCAGUUGUAGCUCCAGCUCCUCUACAAGCAGCUUCCCAGCUUCUGGAUUCCCAUCACUGACCCCCGAGGCAAAGCCGAGUGCCGUCAAGAAACCAGUGAAGACCGUGUUUUGUCCCAUGUCGGGGCGUCCCCUGCGUUUGAAAGAUCUGACUCCAGUGCGGUUCACCGCGCUCGACCCGUCUCUGUCCCGCGUGUCUCUGAUCACGCGGCAGGACCGCUAUGUGUGCGCCGUGACGAGAGACGUGCUCGGAAACGCCGUGCCCUGCGCCGUGCUGAGACCCUCGGGUGCUGUGGUGACGCUGGAAUGUGUUGAGAAGUUGAUUCGUAAAGACAUGCUGGACCCUGUGAGCGGAGCCAAGCUGAGAGACAGUGACAUCAUCGUCCUGCAGAGAGGUGGUACUGGAUUUGCUGGUUCUGGGGUUGUGAAGGCUAAAGAAUCUCGACCAGUCAUGCAAGUGUGAGCGAGGCCAGACCAGCGCUCCCAGUCGGAGAUCCCAGUCGCCCACAGCGAUUUGCUACUGGGAGAGGAAUCCAGAAUGUUUAGUUUUUAAAUAUAAUUUCAUGAGAGAACUUUUCAGUUGUAAUUGUAGAAUGUCCGUAGAGAUUCAGACCACAGUUUACAGAUGUAAUAAAUGUUUACGAGUUCACACAAUACUGAGGCCGAGUUGUGUUUAUUG